CAGACCUUGAUAAGUAUAUAAUAAAUAAAUUAACCAAUCAGAAUAAAGUAUUAAAGUCAUUCAAUUAAACCAUUUCUAUACCUACAUAUAUAUUAUACAAUACAUCCAUUUGAUAACAUACAAGUUGUGUAAUGUCUAUUACAUGUCAAAACUUAGAUUAUUCAAGAGAUAUUAAUGAGGAUGAUUAUAGUAAUACAGACAGAACGAGAAAUGAUACUGUAAAUGGAUAUACUACUAAUAUAAAUAAUGAACAUGUGGAUAAGAUUUAUCGUUCAAAUUUGAAUGAUUAUUAUUAUAAUAAUGAUAUGGAACCAGAAUUAAUUGGAUUUGUUCAAAAAUAUAAUGUAGUUAUGGAUGAUGGAGCUGUAUUAAAUAAAUCAGCUUUAUUAAAAAAAUCUAUAUUAGAUAAAAAGAAUCAAAAGAAAUUUCAACCUCCAUUUGGUUUAAGUUUAAAAAUGUUUAUUAUAUUAAUUAUUAUAACUAGUAUAUUAUUACCAUUAAUUAUUAUUGGUAUAAUUAUUGGAAUUAUUUAUGCAUAUAAAUUAAAUAUACCAAAUUUACCAUAUGCAAUACCAUGGUGGCGUCGUACACAUAUUUAUCAAAUUAAUAUUGAAACAUGGGCAAAUGAUGUACAAGGUACUAUUGGUAGAUUACAAGAUAUAAUACCACGUAUGGAUUAUUUAGUGAAUCAAAUUGGUGCUACAAGUAUAUUAUUUACAAAUUUAAUAAAUUCUGAUAUAAAUGGUAUUAUUAAUUGGGAAACAAUUAAUCAAUCAAUUGAUCCAACUGAAGAAGGUUUCAAUAAUUUUUUACCACAAAUAAUUAAAAAAUCUAAAAAAAUAUUAAUCAAUAAACAAUAUAAUAAUCAAUAUAUAAAAAUAAUGAUUGGUUUAUCAAUAUAUUCAACAAGUAUAAAACAUGAAUGGUUUCGUUUAAGUCAAUCUAAUAUAAAUAAUGUAUAUAGUACAUUUUAUAUAUGGACUAAUAUUGUACCUUCAACUGAUCAACAAAAACGACAUUAUGCCUAUGAUUCUAUUCGUCGUGCAUACUAUCGACAUGUACAUGGUAAUCCUAAUAGUCCAUUAUUGAAUUUAAGUAAUCCUGAUGUACAAAUAAAAAUGAUUGAAGUGAUUAAAUUUUGGAAACAAAAACUUGAAAUUAAAGGUCUUAUGAUAAUGAAUUCAAGUAAUAUACUUGAAGAAAUGGUUCCAGGGAUUAGAAAAAUCUUGAACACAGAUGCUGAUGAUGAAUUUAUAUGGUUUGCUGAUGAACCAAAAAUUGAUGCAAUGGUAAAUAUGGAACAGAAAGUUUGUUUACAAACACUUACAUUGAAUGCUCGAGUACCAACAAGAAGUGAUGAUUUACAUUCACAAAUUCAACUAGCUAUGAAUAAUACACAAUUAAGAAAAUGUAGUCCAAUAUGGUUGGUACGACAAUUAAGUGAAGAUAAUAAAGAUUUUGAAACCAUUCAAAAAUUAGCCUAUUUUCUACCAGGCAGUUAUUUAAUGUUAGCUGGACAAGAAGUUGAUAUAAUGAAUGGUAAUGAACAACUUAUAAAAUGGUCAUAUGAUAAUUAUUUAGAUUAUACAACUUAUUGGCCAAUUAAUUUAAAUCUACCAUUAAAUGGUAAACAACGUUUAUUUAAUUGGAAAUUAUUUAUUUCUAAAUUAUAUUAUAAUUCAUUAUUAAAUACACCAAUUAAAUUUAAUAAUUUAAUUAAAAUUAAUAAUAAUUAUAAUUUAUUUAUUAUAUAUCGUUUAUAUAAUAAACAACCAUUUCAUCGUAUUUAUUUUAUUGUAAAUUUUCAAACAUUAAAUACGAUAAUAAAAUUUCAAUCAAUAUUUUAUGAUUUAAGUAGUAGUAGUAGUAGUAGUAUAUCAAAUAAUAUAAAAAUAAUUUAUGAUUCAAAAAAUAUUUAUUAUAAUAAAAAACAAUUCAAUAAUGAAUUAUUAGUAAAUAAUCAAGUUUUAAUACUUUAUUAUCAAUAA